GGCGUUGGGCGCGCUGCAGCCGCGGUUAGGGAUGCAAUGGCGAACUAGGCGAACAAAGGCGCCGGCGGCACACGGGCUGCAGGCUGGAGCCGCAGGAGUGCCGGCAGUGCCCGACCAGGCGGCUUUAAUUGCUCUGCAAGAGCAAGUGGCGGCAUGCCAAGCGCGUGAGGCGGCGCGCAAGGCGCGAAUUGCGGCGCGCAAAGCGGAGACUGAGCGGCUGAGGGCCCAGCUUGCGGCCGCAGGGCACGUGGGGGCUGCCGGCCCGUCGGGUGCCGGGGCUGCUGGCCCAUCUAGUGCUGCAGCCCCACCUGCUGCUGGUGGUGCUGCUGGUGGUGCUACUGGCACGAAGCGGCAGGCCGACCUAGGGAGCGGCGGGGCCACUACCGCAGAGCCGCCGCAGCAGCGGCGGAAGCUCGGACUAUCGGAGGACGAGCAGCCGGCGCAGCAGCCGGCGGCGCCGGAGGCGGCACAGGAGGAGGCGGCGGAGGCGGCGCAGCCGGCGGCACAGGAGGCGACGCAGGAGCAGCCAGCGCAGCAGCUGCCGCUAGCACAGCAAGCACCGGAAGAGCAGGCGGAGGCAGAUCAGGCGCAGCAGCUGUAGCAGCACCAGGGGCUAAGCCAACAGGUUGUGUGGGAUGCUGCGUGCUAGGUUGAUUGCGGCAGGGUUGAGUAGUUGCCGCAGCUGCCGCCGGUUGUUGGGCUGGCGCAUACUGCCAUAAUGUUGCGGGGCAUGAGAGUGGCGAAAGGCAAUGGGGUUGCGAGACCGUACGUGUUGCACAAGAAUGUGAUGUGCUGAAGCCAUGGCCCAACUAAGCGAGGCCCAGAUGCCCAACUAAGCGAGAGCUGCUUACUCUAUUGUGCUGCAGUCUGUGUGGCUGCUGGGAGAGUUACAAAAGUACUCAAGAACGUAACUUCAGACUCAUGCCGAUGACACUGCUGAAACCACAUUGAAGACUAUGCUGCGACGGUUGAGUGGUACCUGGUGUCGAGGCACAGUAGCAGGAGCGUCAGCUCUAUGGGGGCGCCAAGAGGCUCGGGAAGAAGCAUCGGUAGCCAAUUGAUUCAUGCAUGACUGCUAUGACGAAGUUUGGGGGCGGGGUCAGGGGCGGGGUCUUGUCUGCUCCAAUCGCGCCAAGGCAUGGGGUGGGGGUAUUGCAUCGUGGGG